ACAAAUAUUGUCUGACCUUUUCGUCGAGCACACACCAACAUGUCUACCUUCGCUUUCCUCCUCCUCUGCAUCCAAGUCUGCUUGGUCCAGAAUGUUUACAGUCAGUGCAAUGGUGCUCUUGGCUGGGAUGCCGGGUUAGCUGGACCCUACGGCUACGGUUUGAGAGACGGUAUUGCUGGACCCUAUGGCUUUGGAUUGGGAGACGGUAUUGCUGGACCUUAUGGUUUCGGUUUGAGAGACGGUUUCAUUGGUGAAGCUGCCUACGGAGGCUCCGGAGUCGGUGAUGUGGCUGUCGCUGGUGAGAUGGGCGUUGCUGGUACCACCCUGGUCGCUGGUCAGGUGCCGAUCCUCGGUGCUGUAGGAUUCGAAGGCAUUGUUCCAGCUGCUGGAGCUGUGACCAUUACUGGCAGAUGCGGAUGCGGCUGCCACAAUGGUAUUUAUUAAGAAAAGAUCCAGAUAAUAAAGCGACUUUUGACCAAGAAAGAUACUGAAGAGAUCAAUUAGAUGCUUCAGAAAUGAAAUAAAAUCAAUCUAUAUUA